CUAUCCAUCCAUCCUGAUGCACAGAACAGAAUGGGAUAAGGCCGAGAAAGAGUGGAGUGGCUAGUUGUAAGAGGACCGAAAUACGCAUAGCAUAUCGUUUAUACUAAACCAUUUUGUGAAGAAGAAGAGUGGUUUCUAAUUCUAAGCAAAUGUUUUAGUGGAAUGAAAUUGUUCAGUGAAACUUAGCGUAGAUCUUUGUUCUGGAAACGAAAAGAGUGCACCUGGUGUAAGUGAAUUUGAUAGUAUAUUAGGAUCAACAGCCGCAAAAUGUUCGUCGCAAUCAAAUCCUCCUGUGUGAAUCCAAAAAACCUGUUCUGCUUUGUUUGCGGGAGCUACACUGCGUCGCAUCACAAACGCUCCAUAAUGACCAAACCAAUCAUGGAGGCGUACGAGGCAUACUUCACCACCCGCACCCUGAAGGAGGAUUACGUCCAUGGCCCGGCAUCGGUGUGCAACGAUUGCAACCAGGGUCUGCUGCGGUGGAAGAAUGGCCAGUACGCAAAGCCUCCGUUGUUAUUCUCGGUACCGAUGAUCUGGAAGGCCCCAAGUAAUCAUACCGAUGACUGCUACUACUGCCUAACGCAGAUCGUCGGAGAAGGCAAGAAGAAGACGGCUCUCUAUCCAGGCAGCAUCCCAUCGGCUAUCCGACCUGUACCGUGCGAACUUGAUCCAUCCUUACUCUCGUCCCCUGCAUCCCCACCAAUUGUUGUAAAGAAAGUAUCGCAUAUCAAUGACUCCCUGAAGCCCCCACCCGCGCAGAACUGGUCAGUGAGCGUCAAGAAGGUCAAGCUGGACCCCCAACAACAGCCCCAGCAGCAAAUCCCAACAGUCCCCCUAGUACCGCCCUUACUCCCCAAAUUCACCGUGAACUUCCAGCCACCGUCGGUUAAACCGCACAGCAGCUCGCCGCAUCUUCAGCAGCAACGCGUGCGAGUACGCACCGAAGCCAUGCUCAACCAGCAGCCACAACAACAUAUGCCCUUGCCAGCACCACCACAGGACCGGGGAAUGGUACUCCAGACUCCGGUGCGACCCAAUCGACACAGUUUGCCGAACCGGCAUUUCCCCGUGCACAAUACCACCCCACCGGCACAGGUUGGAAUCAACAGGAGGACGCCGGCCGUGGAGAAACGAACGUUUAGUGACCCUUUCAGUCCGAUUGUGCAAAUGACUCUCAAAGACGAACCGAUCACCAUAGAAAUUGACGAUGACGAACCCGAGGAACGGAGUAAAACAAUCAACGCAAUGCUUCCACCGCCUCCGGUGCCAUCGAGCAGGACAAGUGGCGCUCCCAUCCGCCGGAAUGGGUCGCCAUGCUCAGCAGUGCAAAAUUCGAUGGCCGCCAAACCGAAGGCAUUCCCAACUACUUUUAGUCAUAGCGGCGGCAUGUCCGCCAAUAAUGUGGUAUCCAGUAGUACCACCAGUCCAGUGACCAACAACGACGGGGCUCCCCAUCUGCUGACGGAUUCCGAUCUGCUGGCGCUGAUCAGUGAUCUCGACUUGCCAAAAGACCGCGCCGUGCUGCUGAUCGAUCGGUUGUGCUCAAGGAAUCUGAUCGACCGUCGAUCCAUGCUGAUCGUGGGCCUUAAGCGACCCAACUCGGUGGUCACUUCCCCAGCGGUACCCAUGAUGGGUAGUGGACUUCCCAAUGGCGCCAACAAGCGCUUCAAGCAACAACAGCAGCAGCAUCAGCAUCAGCUGUGCUAAGCGAAAUUCCAUAUCAUACGAUUAAGAUGCAUUGAGGUGAAGAUGAAUCGAAGCCAUACCUCAAAAUUUUCAAGAGUUGGUGACCCAGCGAUCAAGGUUUCAGCUUAUGGCUUCGAUUCAUUGUCACCCUAACUCUCAAAACGAACAAAGGCUGAUGAAAGCGUAAAAACGUGAGAAACUAAAUUCCUAAUCUGUUUAUUUUUUCGCUAACGUGUGUGUGAUGAGUGUAGUCUCUGAUAACUUGGGGGGAACAACAGGACUACCGUUUUACGAACAGUAUUUUACUCAAAAAAAAACUACGACAUUGAAUUGGAUCUGAGUAGGUAAGGUACUUUAUUUUUAGAGAUAUGUAUGUACGUUUAAUUCCUACUAUAUACUUACGAUGUGCCAUGGGCCAAGUGCGAAGGCGUGGGCGCAUUUUUACUCAAGAGAACAAUAAAUGUUAUGUACUUACAACAUUCCAUACUGAA